GUCAAUUUGAAGUGUGAACAUCGUGAACGUACAAUCCUGUGCUCAUCAUGACUGGAAGAGGAAAGGGAGGAAAAGGUCUGGGUAAAGGAGGAGCCAAGCGUCACCGAAAAGUGCUGCGGGAUAACAUCCAGGGCAUUACCAAGCCCGCCAUCCGCCGUUUGGCUCGGCGCGGAGGAGUGAAACGUAUCUCCGGUCUCAUCUACGAGGAAACCCGUGGCGUCCUGAAAGUAUUUCUGGAGAAUGUGAUUCGUGAUGCGGUCACUUACACUGAACACGCCAAGCGUAAGACCGUCACCGCUAUGGAUGUGGUGUAUGCUCUGAAGCGUCAGGGCCGCACUCUGUACGGUUUUGGAGGCUAAAUUUAUCUCUAUAAAACUUCCAUGUGGAGUCUCAAAUCAAACGGUCCUUUUCAGGACCACAAUACAUUACUCAAGAGCUGUGUCUUUCGCAACAUUAAAAUGUUUUAUUUGAGAGAAAAAAUGUCUAU